CCAAUACUGCUCUUCCCUUUCUUCGCCCAUACAGGAUAACCAAACAGCAAUGGACGCUAAAAGUGCUGCCCCUAAGCUUGCCCGCGUUGUGAAGGUGCUCGGACGCACCGGAUCUCGUGGUGGUGUCACCCAAGUCCGUGUCGAGUUCAUGGACGACUCCAACCGAUCCAUCAUCCGCAAUGUGAAGGGACCCGUCCGCGAGAACGACAUCCUCACCCUCCUCGAGUCUGAGCGUGAAGCCCGUCGUCUUCGUUAGAUUACGCAUGUCCCCGUCGCCAUGUUCAUAAAUCUUAGUGGGCGCUCUUUGCGUGGGGUAUGAAGCCGCCGUCCCUGCCGAACAAAGUGGUUUCGAUGGAUAUCACCCGA